AAUAACCUACUGAAGGAGGAUGCAAAAUGAGUGAUCCACAAUCACAUGGAACUUCAAAUCCCAUCGUUUUUUUUGAUAUCACUCUGGGUGGUGAGCCUCUGGGUCGUAUAAAAAUCGAGCUUUUUGCAAAUAUCACACCAUGGACGGCAGAGAACUUUCGCCAAUUCUGUACUGGAGAAUCUAGAAACUCACAAGGGCGGCCCCAGGGAUAUAAAAACAGCAAGUUUCACCGAGUGAUCAAGGACUUCAUGAUACAGGGAGGGGAUUUCGUCAAUGGCGACGGGACCGGGAGCAUGUCCAUAUAUGGUACUCCCAAGUUCCGUGAUGAGAAUUUUACACUAAAGCAUGAUCGUCCAGGCUUAUUGAGCAUGGCAAAUUCGGGACCAAACUCAAAUGGAUGUCAAUUUUUUAUAACUACAACUGCCACACCGUUCUUAAACAAUAAACAUGUCAUAUUUGGCCAGGUGAUUGAUGGGAUGGACAUUGUUCGGAUGAUUGAGAAUACCCGGACGACAAGAGACAAGCCCAACCAAGAUGUGGUCAUUGCACAGUGUGGUGAGUUGUGAAACCAACCAAGCUGACACGGGAAGCCUAUUUAUCUAGACCGAGAUAACACAGUUGAUUGAAGACCAAAGAAGCAAUGUUAGAUAUUCUUUUACUGGUGAACUUCUCCAGACUACUAGGU